CUUCCACCGUUUUGCACAAAUGUGCGUACGUGUACUAAGAGGAAAGUGACAGUAUUUUUCAUUAUAUCGUGUGGGCUCAUUGUGCUCAGAGUACUAAUCCCUGCUACAGCACAGCUACAGCUAGCUGAAUCAAGCAAAAGAGAGGAUCAUCAGGUAUAUCUGCGUUUUUUCUCCUAAGAAGCCAAGUACAAGAUGAAUGUAGUGUUUGCUAUUUCAGUCGUCAGCACGCUGCUGAUUUGCCAGGCUGAUAUCACCCUCAGUCAAUGUGAUCAAGCUGAUUGGUCGGUUAGUUUGGACAGGGCCACGUGGUCUACCUGUCCUAACAGUAUGACCUACCUCAAGGGGAUGUGGAGAAAUGAUCGACACCCUGGAGACGAGAGAGUUGGUCGCAUUGAGUAUGGAAGGUGCUGUCGGGCAACAGAACCAACUUAUGUCCACAAACCUUCCACAUGUUCAAACGCGAAUUGGCUUCACACGCUGGAUAGAACUCGUGUCUGGGCACUGUGCCCUAAUGGUUACUACAUGCAAGGUAUGAGGCUCGGCGCUGGUCCGCCAGCCUAUCUGCACCACAUUGACGAGGCAAAAUGUUGCCACCCUCAGGGUCAUCCAAACAGUUAUGAACACUGUUACGAUCAAGAUGUCACAUAUUCCUUCGACAAUAAAGGUUGGAGCGAGUGCCAACAGGCGGGCUACUUCAUGACUGGCUUCUACAAAAGCGACUGCAACAAUAUUUAUUGCAUCGAAAAAUUUCGAUGCUGCAAGAUGAAAAAAGCUGCUGUUAAUGGCGGAUGGAGCAGCUUCGGACCUUGGGGACAAUGCAGCGCUGAAUGUGGGGGUGGAACCCAAGAACGCUCACGAACCUGUACAAAUCCCCCUCCGUCGGGCGGUGGAGCGCAAUGUGUAGGGUCCAGCAAAGAAACACAAGCCUGUAAUACUCAUGAAUGCCCUGUGAACGGUGGUUGGAGUGACUGGGGAGACUGGGGACAAUGCAGCGCUUCAUGCGGUGAUGGGCAGCACGCACGCUCGCGCACUUGCACCAAUCCCCCUCCGUCAGGUGGUGGGGCACAGUGUUCAGGAGACAGCCAAGAAACACGGACUUGCAAUAAUGGACCUUGCAAUGUUGACGGAGGGUGGAGUAACUGGUCAAACUAUGGUGAGUGUAGCAAGAGCUGCGGCAAGGGGAAAAAAUAUAAAUAUCGAACGUGCACCAAUCCACCCCAGUCUGGCGACGGAAAGGACUGUUACGGGAGGGCGAGGAAGGGAAAGAAAUGUAGAGAGGCUUCAUGCAAAGUGAAUGGAGGUUGGAGUGAAUGGUCAGAUUACGGCGAGUGCAACAAGACUUGUGGCACGGGGAAGAGAUACAAAUAUCGUACUUGCACCAAUCCACCCCCCUCAAAAGACGGAAAGGACUGUAGAGGAAAAGCGAGGAAGGGAAAGAAAUGUAAAGUGGCUUCGUGCAGAGGUCAUUUGGAAAAAAAGGGAUUCAGGAUGCGGUGCGUUUUUGCCAUUCAACUUAUCAGCGUAUUGAUGAUUUCCCACGUUGAUCUUAGCUAUGGCCAGUGUUCGGAUAUCAGCUGGCAAUCAAGCCUAGACCGAGUGGGGUGGUCCACUUGUCCCGAUUCUAGAACUUAUCUCAAGGGAUUGUGGAGAAACGAUAACAAACCUGGAGACGAGAGAGUUGGGCGCAUUGAAACUGCAAGAUGCUGUAACGCUUUUAUUUCAGCCUAUCACAAACAACCUUCAACGUGCUUAAAUGCAAAUUGGGCGCAGACUUUGGAUAGAAAAUAUGUCUGGGCUCUGUGUCCUGCCGGUUAUUACAUGCAGGGCGUAAGGCUCGGCGCUGGUCCACCAGCCUAUCUAAACAACAUUGACGAGGCAAAAUGUUGCCACCCACAGGGUCAUCCAAACAGUUUUGAACACUGCUACGAUGAAGACUACACUUAUAAGUUUGACAAUAAAGGUUGGGCGUUCUGCAAGCAAUUGGGCUAUUACUUGGUGGGUAUUUACAAAAGUGACUGCAAUCAACUUUACUGCCUGGAAAAGCUCAGAUGCUGCAAGAUGAAGUUAGGUGCUGUUAAUGGUGGAUGGAGCAACUGGGGAAACUGGGGACAAUGCAGCGCUACUUGUGGACAGCAUGCACAGCAAGAGCGCACGCGCAGCUGUACCAAUCCUCCUCCAUCACUCGGUGGGGCGCAAUGCAACGGAGAAAGCAAAGAAACAAGAUACUGUGGUGGCCAUGCUUGCCCUGUAAAUGGAGGGUGGAGUAUGUUUGGACUUUGGGGCCAAUGUAGUGCCUCUUGCGGAAUUGGAUAUCAAGAGCGCGUACGCUCCUGUACCAAUCCUCCUCCUUCCGGCGGCGGGGCGCAAUGUUCAGGUGAAAACAGAGAAACAAGGUCUUGUAAUGGUGGAGGGUGCCCAACAAAUGGAGGAUGGAGUAGCUUUGGAAACUGGGGAUUAUGCAGUGUCAGUUGUGGAGCUGGUGUACAAGAACGCUUUCGAACCUGCACUAAUCCCCCUCCCUCCGGUGGUGGGGCACAGUGUUCAGGGCCCAGUGCAGAAACAAGGGCUUGUAAUAAUGGAGGCUGUUCUGUUGACGGUGGCUGGAGUAACUUUGGAGAAUGGAGCCAGUGUAGUAAAACUUGUGGAGGUGGAACCCAGAUGCGUGCAAGAACGUGCACCAAUCCUCGACCGGCAUAUGGAGGUAAACAAUGCAUUGGAGACAGCGAGGAGGAGCGGAAGUGUAACACUGGUCCAUGUGCAGUACCAAAUGUUGAUGGAGGGUUCACUCAGUGGUCUGCGUUCUCCAAGUGUAGCAAGACCUGUGGUAAAGGAAAGAAGACUCGCAACCGCGAAUGCACCAACCCACCCCCAUCGGGAUUUGGAAAGAACUGCAAAGGACCAUAUUCGCAGACUAUCAAAUGCAAAGUGCGUUCAUGCAAAGCUGCAGUAUCUUUGAAUACUCACAAGUUAGGUAAAUUGGUCAAGAAGGUUUUUUACAGGAUGAAGUUUGGGCUCGCACUUUACUUUAUCAGCAUGCUGCUGAUAAUUCAACCUGACGCCAUUCUGAGCUGUGACACAGCAAAUUGGUGGGCAAGUCUUGACAAGAAAGGUUGGUCUGUAUGUCCAAAUGAUCGUACUUUCCUCAAAGGACUCUGGCGAAAUGAUCCAUCGGGGAACAACGGCCUUUGGCUUAUCGAGGAAGGAAAAUGCUGCGGAGCUAAGGAACCAAGUUAUGCUAAUCAACCGUCAACUUGCACAAACGCAAACUGGUGGAGCGCAUUAGACGGAAAAGAUGUUUGGGCUCAGUGUCCUGCUGGCUAUUACAUGGAGGGCAUCUAUAUCACCGAUCCAACAAAUAUUUACAACAUCGAAGAGUCCAAGUGCUGUCGUCCACAGAAUCAUCCGAACGCUUAUGAUGACUGUUAUGAUGAGGAUGUUGGCAUUUCGUUCGACAAGAAAGGUUGGAGCGAAUGCAAACGGGAUGGCUAUUACAUGACUGGAAUCUACAAAAGCGGCUGUGAGCACCUUUACUGCAUUGAAAAAUUCAAAUGCUGCAGCAUGAAGAAAGCUGCAGUUAAUGGUGGAUGGUCUGAAUUCGGAUCUUUUGGAGAAUGCAGCGCCACUUGUGGAGGUGGAAUCAAGGAGCGCUCACGAACCUGUACCAAUCCCCCUCCGUCAGGAGGUGGAGCCCAAUGUUCAGGGUCAGCUAAGGAAACAAUGGUUUGUAAUGUGGAGCCUUGUAAUGUGGAUGGUGGGUGGACCGAUUGGAGUGAUUAUGGUGAAUGUAAAGGCAAGAAGUGCAAUAAGAGAGGCAAACAGUACAAGUACCGAACCUGCACCAACCCGCCCCAAAGCGGCGACGGGAAGGAUUGCAAGGGAAAAAGUAGGAAAGGGAAGAGGUGCAAAGUGAAGUGUGACUAAGCUCCAAAAACAGCCUGGAAACAAGGGGGAAUUGUCUGGGAAUCAAAGGACAGCUUGUUACAUUUUGGGAUAUUUGGAGGGUGGAAUAACCAAGGAUCACCAGUAAUGUAGAGUUAAGAGUCCACACAGGAGCUUAUCAUUUUUUAUGUGUAAUAUUGGUGCUGGUUAAAUAAAACUAUGAAAAUGUC